GAACUGAUGAAAGAGGGAGAGGGAAGCCUUCCAUAUGCAGGGUCUGAGUCGUGCGGAUCCAUUCGCAGCAGUAGUUUAUUAAGCAAAUCGAGGUCGUACAGGCAGGUUUCAUGAUUUGCGCUUUAUGACAUGGUGCGUUAUUCUGCGGGAAGUAGCCAUCAGAAGAUCGGUACACUGUGGUCAUAAAGGGAUGGACAUGAUCAGCAACAAUACUCAGGCACAAUAAAGGACAUUGGAACAAUAGAAAUCAGUUCAGAUUUCAACACCUUAAGAAGAAUAAAAACUUGAAAUAUGAAUAAUAUAUUCCAAAAGCUCUGUGUUGAAGGAAAGCAUCUCAAUAAACUCGGAGGUGCAGAUUUUCUUCAGAUAACUGAAUAUUCAUUACAGUCAAGUGAGUAUUAUUCUGAAGAGGAGCUGAUUCAGACUUUCCUUCAAAAAUUACUGAUGAUGAACUACAGAGCAAGAUACAUUAAAAUUAAUGAGACCAACAAACAGGAUCAAACACAACAAACAGACAAUGAUUUACCUGAAGAAGAGACUGACUUUUUUGAUGACAUUUUCGAAAAACCUCCACCAGACAAAGCAUCAAUUCAGUCCGAUCCUGUUCACCCAAUGGAUGUUCAGAUGGCCGUGUUUCAUUGUGCUGAUGGUUUCCUGAAGCAGCUGAUGGUGACUAAACUUUCCCAGUGUCAGUAUGCUCUGCCUCUGCUUGUUCCUGAUCCAUUCACACAACAGAUUGAGUUUCCUCUCUGGACAUUCAGACAAAUCAACAAGAGCUGGAACAUGAAAAACACAGACAAUGAAAUUAUCAGUAAAACCCAGUCAAUCUAUAAUGCAAAAACCCCAAUGGUGUGUUUCUUUAGGUUUGGUUCUUUGUCUUCAUCCAAAUCUCAACUGAUGAACAACCUGAUCAAUGAGACCCACAACACGUUCUUUCACAGGAACUGUCCAGGAAGCAGCAGAACCAGAGUCCUGAUGGAUGGAGUGGUGGAGAUUGCCUGGUACUGUCCUUCUGGAGCAAAGACAGAUAAAUUUACUGACUGUGUGGCAUUCUGUAAUCUACAUGGUGAUGCAGGAAAACAUGAGAAACAACUGCAGAUCCUUACUGAAAUGGCAUCAAUCAAUGUUGUUGUUCUGCCACGACUGGAGAGGAAUGACAGACAUGCAGCAAAAAUCCAAAACCUGUACAAAGACAGAAAGCCACUCAUUUGUCUCAUUGAUGAGAAUAAUUCUUCAGUAAGUAAGACAAAUAAAGGGAAAUUCAAAAUUGGUUUGAAAGACAGAAAUCAGGCAGAUGUAUCUGAAGAACUCAGAAAAGCCAUAAAUGCUUGUCUCUUAGAAUCGUCUUCCAGUUUCAGACUUGAAGAUGUGUCCGAACACUCAGAUAUCACAGUAGAUGAGGAAGAUGAUGAUGACUGUAAGAGAGGAAGAGAAGCAGCACAGCAGAUGAUCAGUAUGCUAAAGAUGAAAGAGCUGAUAAAAAUCAAAGAAUCUUUUCUGCCUCAUCAGGGGAAACUGUGGCAUCAGUGGUGUCAGAAGAACAAAGAACUACAUCGACCUCAAGGAGAAUGGAUUGAAAUGGAAAUAAAUACAAAGAAAACACAAAUGAAUAAAAUCCGCAAACAGCAGCAUGAAUUUGACAUCAGCCAUUUUAUCAAGUGCUUUAUUGAACAAAUAUACUCCUAUGAUAGAAUUGAGAAGAUGUUUUUUCUCAAAUGGUUUAGAAUUCUCCUGGAUGAACAUACAUCAGCUGAUAUUUCUGCUCUACGCCACAAUUAUCAUAAAAAGUGGUCAACAGUCUUACAACUGAAAGAGAGGCAUGCUAAGUCAGAACAGCUUGAAACUGAACAAACGGAACUUGAGACAAUAGCUGAGGAACUUCAAGCUGCAACCUUUGGUUUAGAGCACAUCAUGAGGGAUUUUGGACAAAUCUUUGAAUCUUGUUCAUCUGUAAAUAAGAACAAGGAAGACCUGCAGGUUCACUUCUCUUCUCUCCCGAGUCUCGCAGCAGAGAUGAUCAUCUCUGGAUUUCCACUGGAGCUGAUGGAUGGAGAUGCUGCUCAUGUUCCUUUGGUGUGGAUUUCUGCUGUUUUAGAACAACUAACCCAGAAACUGGGAGACCACACCAGAAUCUUCAUCCUCUCAGUUUUAGGGAUUCAGAGUUCUGGGAAAUCCACCAUGCUGAAUGCCAUGUUUGGACUUGAUUUUGCCGUCAGUGCUGGCAGAUGCACCAAAGGAGCUUUCAUGCAGCUGGUCAGAGUUUCAGAUGAGAUGAAAACACAGAUGAACAUUGACUAUAUUCUGGUUGUUGACACUGAGGGUCUUCGUGCUCCAGAACUAGUUGGAAAAUCAACAAGACAUCAUGACAAUGAAUUUGCCACAUUUGUUAUUGGUCUUGCAAAUCUAACACUGAUCAACAUUUUUGGAGAAAACACAGCUGAGAUGCAGGACAUUCUUCAGAUUGUUGUUCAGGCCUUUAUGAGGAUGAAGAAGGUCAGACUGAAUCCCAGCUGUGUCUUUGUGCACCAAAACGUUGCAGAUGUUGCAGCUAAAGAAAAAACCAUGGAAGCAAGAAGACAACUGCUGAAGAAGUUAGAUAUGAUGACAAAACUCGCUGCUAAAGAGGAAGUCUAUGACGCAGAAACUUUCAGUGAUGUCAUUAAAUUUGAUGUUAAGAAUGAUGUAAAGUAUUUUGCUCAAUUCUGGGAGGGAAACCCACCCAUGGCAACACCAAAUCCAAACUACUGUGAAAACAUUCAAGAACUGAAGAAAUGUAUCAUGUCUCAUGCUUCCAAAUCACACAGAAUCCUGCUUAAAGACUUCAAAACGCAUAUUAAAGAUCUCUGGGAGGCUUUACUUAAUGAAAAUUUUGUCUUCAGCUUCAGAAACACUCUGGAGAUUUCAGUCUACAGGAAAUUGGAGAAUGAAUACAGCAAGUGGUCUUGGAGUCUUUACAAUGCCAAGUUAAAAGUUGAGAAUAAACUACACAACAAAAUACAAAAUGAAGUAAUUCAUGAAGUUGAGGAAACUUACCUUCUAAGAGAACUGAACAACACAAGUGAAGAAGUGGAAAAAUCAAUGUCAGAAUUCUUUGAGAAAGACACAUAUGCAGAAAUACUGAUUCAGUGGAAAACAUCAUUUGAAAACAAAAUCAAAGACCUUAAGAAAAACAUUGUGAGGGAAACAAAGACAAACAUUAACAAAAUUCUUAAUCAUCAGGUCCUUAAGAAACGCCAUGAUCAGAUAACACAUCUUGAAAACACUCUCUUUGGAACAAGCAAAGAACUUGCCUUAAAUUUCAAAGGCAAAGCCAAUGAUGAAGAAACACUGAAAAAAGAGUUUAAUUUGUUUUGGAAAAUGAACAUAAAGAUCAUCAGUGACAAUCCAUCAAUCAGAGACAUUGGCAUAAUUAACGCGAAAGAAUUAUUCGAUAAGAAAAAAGAUGAGCACUACAGUAUUUUCCAGAAAUACUGUAAUGGAGCAACACCAGAUGCUGUUUUUGGUGAGAUCAUCUGUCAGAAACUUAAAGAGCCCAUUGAGCAGAGUGUCUAUAAGAAGACAGCUAGGGAUCUGACAGAUGAAAUUAGAUCAAAGUGUGAAUCACUGAAUGGAAGCAGAUCAAAUCUGGAGAAACACAUCCUAAAGACGCUGGCAGAAGAGGAAAAUUUUGACAAAUACAUGAACUACAUUAAAACUCCCAGAGAUCACUUCAAGAGAUUCAUCAGAGAUAAAGUCGGUCGUUACAUUAAUGAUCAGUUCAGUCUCAGUGUUUUACUCAAGAUGAAGGAGAACACUAAACUCCUGCAGCAGGAGAUUAUAAAAGCAGCUCAUAAAUCUACUGAGCAUGUUCAAGUGAAAACAGAUGUUAGUUUGUGGCUAAAGAGUUUCACCCAACAGCUCUCAGAUGAGCUGAUCUUCUCUGAAAAAGACUUCAGUGGAGUCAAACAUGAUGAUGUUAAUGAUGUCAACGUUUUAGAAGAUGUGAUCAGAAAAGAACUUCCUGCUAUAAUGUCUGACAUCAAAAGUAAAUUCAACACAAAUACUUUUCCAGUAAAGCUAGACCGUAAAGACAGACCAGAUGAGCUUCUGAUUGAUCACUUCUGUCAGUGUUGUUGGGUUCAGUGUCCGUUCUGUAAAGCCAUCUGCACCAACACCAUAGAAAACCAUGAUGGAGAUCACAGUGUUGAUAUCCAUCGUAAUAUUGGACUAAAUGGGUGGUUUUACAGAGGAACAACAAACUUGUCUAUCACUAUAUGCACUUCAGGCGUAGCAAGUGAUCGAUUUUUUUAUCCUGAUGCUUCAGAUGUCAAAUUUCCUUGGAGAGAAUACAGAAAGGCAGGAGGAGUUUAUGCAGACUGGAACAUCACCCCUGACAUUUCUGAACUGCCCUACUGGAAGUGGGUUGUGUGCAGAUUCCAGAAAGAUCUGGAAAAAUACUACAACAAAACAUUUGAUGUUUGGAGUAAGAUCCCAGACGAAUGGAGAACAUAUUCAAAACAAAAAGCUGUUGAGAGUUUGGACAAAUACAUUUUCUCUGCCCAGUCUAUUACUCACAGUUUGUGAUGAGUUUCUUUUCCUUUUUUUUUUUAAAUUAGAGAUUCUGAAAGCAAUUUCUGAAAAUAUAUAGAAGUAAAUUAAAAGAAAAGUGAUUGAAAGUAAAAUGCGUCUCAGAAGCCUGAAAAUGUUUUUAAUAUCAGUGUAUUUGAUUUGUUUAUGGACAAUGUCUAAUGUUUGACAAAAUAGUAUUUAAAAAAAAAAGGUUGUAUUCCAGAAUUGUAAACAAGAAAACUAAAAUGUGUACCUCUGUAAUAGUUUAAUAUAAUAGUUGAUUUGCAACAAUAUGGUAAAUAAAUGUGGUAUAUUGAUAUUUCCAAAAAAAUGAAAGUUUAUGAAUAGUAUAUAUAUAUAUAUAUAUAUAUAUAUAUAUAUAGUUAUGUUUAAUAAUGCAUAACUGCAUGGAUAGGAAUUAUUGAAGAUUUAUGUCUCUGAAUAUGUUUGCUUGUGUAAAUAUACAUUGGUGGUCUCUGGUUAAGCAGAGUUUUAAUUUGGGGGUGAAAUAAACCUUUAAAACAUGUUUUUAAUUAUGGACAUAAUUAGAUUUAAAAUGCUGAGAGUUGGUAUUAGUAUUAUUAUAUAUGUAGGAUUAUUGGUAUGCAGUGCUUUCAAUAUGCAUUAAAUUAAUAAAAACAUGAAUCAAUGGAGA